CCGCGGAUUUGAAGGAGCACACGCGCCCGCGUGCUGCUGUGACGUCAGCCUCCCUCGCUCGCUCCUCUCGGAGCUCGGAGAGCGCGAGCAGACGGAGAGGAGAGCGCGCGGCGAAGGACACGAUUCCGUGAUGCGUAAUCCGUGCGUAAAACCGGCACCGUCUCCUCCUCCCCGCACGCGGACCCCCGGUAUCCCCCCACGCAGAGCGCUCGAGACCAGGCGCGUCGCCCCCCGCUGACCUCCAGACCUCCAGAGUUCGGGGUUCAGAGUUCAAAGCCGCUCAGCGCGUCGAUCAUGGAGAACAUUUCCGCCGCGUGGGCGCCGCUGCCGGUGUGCAACGACUCGGACUUCAUGCUCUCGCUGAGCGCGGGGAACGGCACGGAGCCGCGCGCGUGCACGCCCCCGGGCGACUACCACUUCUACGCGGACCUCUACGUGGUGCUGCCGGUCAUCUACUCCAUCAUCUGCGCCGUGGGGCUGACGGGCAACACGGCGGUGAUCUACGUCAUCCUGAAGGCACCCAAGAUGAAGACGGUGACCAACAUGUUCAUCCUGAACCUGGCCAUCGCCGACGACCUGUUCACGCUGGUGCUGCCCAUCAGCAUCGCCGAGCACCUGCUGCGCCGCUGGCCCUUCGGCGAGGCGCUGUGCAAGAUCAUCCUGAGCAUCGACCACUACAACAUCUUCUCCAGCAUCUACUUCCUGACGGUGAUGAGCAUCGACCGCUACCUGGUGGUGCUGGCCACCGUGCGCUCCAAGCGCAUGCCGUACCGCACCUACCGCGCCGCCAAGAUGGUGUCGGUGGGCGUGUGGCUGCUGGUCAUCCUCAUCGUCAUGCCCUUCACCGUGUUCGCCGGCGUCUUCACCGAGCCCGCCGACCGCACGGGCCGGAAGAGCUGCGUGCUGAGCUUCCCCAGCCCCGAGGGCAGCUGGUUCAAGGCCAGCCGCAUCUACACGCUGCUGCUGGGCUUCGCCUUCCCCGUGUCCACCAUCUGCAUCCUGUACACCGCCAUGCUGUACAAGCUGCGCAACAUGCGGCUCAACAGCAACGCCAAGGCCCUGGACAAGGCCAAGAAGAAGGUGACCCUGAUGGUGUUCGUGGUGCUGGCCGUGUGCCUCUUCUGCUGGACGCCGUUCCACCUGAGCACCAUCGUGGCGCUGACCACCGACCUCAGCAACACGCCGCUGCUCAUCGGCAUCUCCUACUUCAUCGCCAGCCUGAGCUACGCCAACUCCUGCCUCAACCCCUUCCUGUACGCCUUCCUGGACGACAGCUUCCGCAAGGCCUUCAAGAAGAUGCUGGAGUGCCGACCGGCGUGAGCGGCCGCGGCGGCGUGUGGCUCAGAGGGAACGUCGGGAUCACCCUGCUGGAUUGUCGGUGGAUUGUCGGAAUGCGGAUCUUUCCGGGAGAUUGGGAGAGGAACGCCGUUCGCAGUUUAGGUUCCACUGCUGACGGAGAACUCUUCAGAGAGCCGCUGUUCAGUUGAACUCCUCCUCGCGUGGAUGGAACUGAGAGAGCUAGGCCGAGACUGAUACACAGAGACAGACCUUCUGAUACAGAGAUAUAGACCUUCUGAUACACAGAGACAGACCUUCCGAUACAGCGAUAUAGACCUUCUGAUACACAGAGACAGACCUUCUGAUACACAGAUACACAGAGACAGACCUUCUGAUACAGAGAUAUAGACCUUCUGAUACACAGAGACAGACCUUCUGUUACAAAGAUAUAGACCUUCUGAUGCACAGAGACAGACCUUCUGAUACACAGAGACAGACCUUCUGAUACACAGAGACAGACCUUCUGAUACACAGAUACACAGAGACAGACCUUCUGAUACACAGAUACACAGAGACAGACCUUCUGAUACAGAGAUAUAGACCUUCUGAUACACAGAUACACAGAGACCGACCUUCUGAUACACAGAUACACAGAGACAGACCUUCUGAUACACAGAUACACAGAGACAGACCUUCUGAUACAGAGAUAUAGACCUUCUGAUACACAGAUACACAGAGACAGACCUUCUGAUACAGAGAUAUGGACCUUCUGAUACACUGAUACACAGAGACAGACCUUCUGAUACAGAGAUAUAGACCUUCUGAUACACAGAUACACAGAGAUAGACCUUCUGAUACAGAGAUAUAGACCUUCUGAUACACAGAUACACAGAUAUAGACCUUCUGAUACAUAGAUAUACAGAUAUAGACCUUCUGAUACACAGAUAUAGACCUUCUGAAACACAGAGACCUUCUGAUACACAGAUAUAGACCUUCACAUACACAGAUAUACAGAUAUAGAUCUUCUGGUUAGCAGAUAAACAGAUAUAGACCUUCUGAUACACAGAUAUACAGAUACAGACCUUCUGAUACACAGAUAUAGACCUUCUGAAACACAGAUAUAGACCUUCUCAUACACAGAUAUACAGAUAUAGAUCUUCUGGUUAGCAGAUAAACAGAUAUAGACCUUCUGAUA